AUGGCAAACAAUUUAAAAGAGCUGAAAAAUCAACGUAAAAUCUUAAAAGGGAUGAUCACGCGAAUUCAGAACAAUAUCAGCGAACAAGACGGUAUUCAGGAACUGGAAAUGCGGUUAAAUAAUCUUACGGACAGUUUACAGAAAUAUAAUGAUGUUCAAGCGCAAAUUGAGGUAUUGCAACUCGAAGAUAUUAGUAAAGAUGAAGAAACUUGGGACGUAGAAAAUGAUAGGGAACGUGCCCAGGUUGAGAAUCAGUUUUAUAAAACCGCAGGUCAAAUUAAAUCGUUAAUAAUGAAAAAUAAACCUAGUUCAUCAAACCCGUCGCAUAAAACAAACGCGACCGUUAUUAAUUUCAAUAGUUCUAAUUCCAUGGAUAGGCCAGCUCAAAAUUUAUUUUCAACAAAUGUCGUGACAAAAAUUAUGUGCUUAAUUUGCAAGAGUCCGCAUGGCAUUUUCCAAUGUACUGAAUUUUUGGGUAAAUCGGUCACAGAUCGAAUGAAACAAGUAGAUGAAUUAAAACUUUGUCAUAAUUGUUUUAGAACCAAUCAUAAUGUAACACAAUGCAAUUCGCCAAAACUCUGUAAAACUUGCGGUCAAAAACACCAUACUUUACUGCACAUUAAUAAUUUCGAGCCAUCUACUUCCGCAUUGCAUGUAUCGACACCUAGUCAAGUCCUUUUAUCAACAGUACUUUUAUUAAUUAAAGAUAAUAACGGCAAACUGCAUCCAUGUCGUGCCUUACUAGAUCAAGGUUCAGAAGCUAAUGUGAUAACUAAUAACUUGUGCAAAAAAUUGAAUCUAAAUCCAAGGGGUAUAAAUACCUUCGUAUCGGGAAUCAAUGGUUCAAUAAAUUCUGUUACUAAGCGUGUUAAUAUAACUGUUAAGUCUCGAAUUAAUGAAUUUGAAAUCUCCUUUAAUUGUUUAGUUAUGCCUAAAAUUACGGAACGCACACCAGCACUGUCAAUUGAUAAAGGUAAAAUACGUAUACCCCCAAAUAUCAUUUUAGCGGAUCCCGAUUUCGAACAAUCACGCGAAGUAGACUUACUUAUCCGUGCUGAAAUAUUUUGGAGCCUUUUGAUUGGUAGUCCAACUCGGUUCAAACCGAAUCAACCAUUUUUACAAGAAACUAUUUUUGGGCAUAUAGUCAGCGGGAAGGUUUCUACAGCUGAAAAUCGCAACCAAAAUUUAUCCUGUAAUAUUUUAUCAUUAUCUGCCGAUUUACAACUAAAUGAACAGGUAGCAAAUUUUUGGCAACAAGAAAGUGUCGAUGAACCCAACUUCGGCGAAUCGCGUACAAUAGAAUCUCAUUUCCUUGAAAAUACCCAUCGGGAUGUACAGGGCAAAUUUAUGGUAAGGCUGCCAUUCAAAGACCAGGCUACUUUGGGUCAUUCGCGCGGAUUAGCACUCAAACAAUUUUACAGUCUUGAAAGACGCCUGGCAAGGAAUCCUUUACUCAAAUUAAAUUACCAAAAUUUUAUGAGGGAGUAUUUAGCGUUAAACCACAUGGAACUUGUCCCAACGAAAGAAUUAGGAAUUCCCAAAACCUUCUACCUGCCCCAUCAUCCGGUCUUUAAACAAACACCGGAUGGUCCUCAAAUAAGAGUGGUAUUCAAUGCGUCCAUAAAAUCCUCCAAUAACUUAAGCUUAAAUGAUGUUUUAAUGACGGGCCCUACAAUACAAGGGGACUUGUUUUCACUCCUUUGUCGGUUUCGAACUUACCAGUACGUCCUUUCCGGGGACAUAACAAAAAUGUAUAGAAUGAUACUUGUUGACGAACAGGACACAAAUUAUCAAAGGAUAUUUUGGAGAAUUAGUAACGAUGAACCAGUUCAAACAUUUAGAUUGAAAACGUUAACAUACGGUACAACCUGUGCACCAUAUUUAGCAGUACGUUGUCUGCAACAGCUAGCGGCGGAAGCCCAAAAUACUUAUCCUUUAGCCAGCGAAAUAAUAAAUCGGGAUUUUUAUAUGGACGACCUUCUAACAGGCAGUAAUUCAGUAGGGCAAAUCGUUCUAAUCAGGGAUCAACUUUCACAGAUUUUAAUAAAGGGGGGAUUUAAGCUUUGUAAAUGGGCGUCAAAUAUACCGGCAGAAUCAGUUGUGGCUGAAUCGGAACCCUUAACAUCAGUUAGUUGGAAUAAAGAAAGCGAAGUUAAGGUUUUAGGAUUUUUCUGGCAUUGUCAGAAUGACGAAUUAAGAUAUCAAGUCAACAUUCCACUAAUUGAAUCUGAACAAAUUUCAAAACGGCACAUAUUGUCAAGCGUGGCUAAAAUAUUUGAUCCUUUAGGGCUAGUUAAUCCAGUAAUUGUAAAGGCCAAAAUUCUGCUACAGGGUUUAUGGAAAUUAAAAUUGAAUUGGGACGAACCGGUACCGCCCACAUUUCAAAAUGCUUGGACAAAAUUCGUUAACGAGCUGAAGGAUCUAAGGAAUUAUAACAUAGCACGCAAAUUAAUAAUCUCCUAUCCCUAUAUGGCUGUUGAAAUCCACGGUUUUUCGGAUGCUUCAACAAAGGCAUAUGGCGCAGCCAUUUAUAUAAGGGUUAUAUAUCAAUCAGGUGACGUUUCAGUUAGGUUGGCAUGUGCAAAAUCUCGCGUCGCACCAUUACACACAGUGACUUUACCUCGUUUAGAACUAAACGCCGCGGUAUUAUUAAUUAAAUUAUUUAUCAAGGUAAAUAGCAUUUUAAAUCUAAACAUAGAUCGUAGAUAUUUCUGGACUGACUCUACCAUUGUCCUCGCAUGGCUAGCAGAAUCUCCAAAUAAUUGGAAACCAUAUGUUGCCAACAGAGUAGCGUACGUGAAAAAACAUAGUUUAAUCGCAGAAUGGCAUCAUGUUUGUUCUAAGGAUAACCCCGCCGAUAUGGUUUCUAGGGGUCUAUUUCCACGGCAAUUAAAUCAAUCUACUUUGUGGUGGCACGGGCCGACUUGGCUACGCCAAACAUCAAAUAAUUGGCCUAGUCUUUCAGAUAACGAAUACGAAGAAGUUGCGCUUAACACAGAAAGGAAGUCGUUAGUUACUAUUAAUGUCGUUAAUAUAGAUCCAGAGUUACCAGUUAUAUCCAAAUAUUCAUCAUUUGAAAAAUUGCAACGGGUCAUAUCAUACUGCUUACGAUUUAUUAAAAAUUGUAGGCAGCAAACUAAAAUCAAAGGCGCAUUGUCGGUAGAAGAAUUAAACGAGGCUCAAACAAUAAUAUUUAAACAUAUUCAGGUACGAGCUUUUCCUGAAUAUUUCACCGGUAAUCCCAUUAAGGCUAAACAGCAUAAGCUGUCAAAACUUGAUCCUUUUGUGGACAGCAACGGGCUUUUAAGAGUAGGGGGACGUUUAAAAAAUGCCCCAAUUUCAUUUGAUAAAAGGUUCCCAAUACUUCUGCCGCGUAAUCAUCACGUAUCAAAAACAAUAAUAAGACAUAUGCAUGAGCGGGAAUUGCACGCAGGUACCAGCGGGACGGUGACAGCGGUACGACAAAAAUUUUGGCCAUUGGGGGCUAGGGAUACCACUAAGAAAAUAAUUCACCAUUGUACGAAAUGCAGUCGCGUCAACCCCAAGCCAUUUACUCAGAAAAUGGGCAAUCUGCCGAGACAAAGAGUACAAUUAACGCGCCCAUUUCAUGUGUCGGGCGUUGAUUACGCCGGACCCUUUUUGAUAAAGGAAGGUCGAACUCGCAACGCCAAAAAGGUCAAGGCAUACAUCGCUCUAUUUAUAUGCUUCAGUACCAAGGCAGUACAUUUGGAGCUGGUAGGAGAUCUAACUAGCGAGGGUUUUUUAGCGGCCUUAAAACGGUUUACUUCGCGGCGAGGUAAGGUAGCGGAAAUAUUUUCCGAUAACGGCACGAAUUUUGUAGGAGCCGAGCGGCAGCUCUUUCGUGCCCAAGCCUUCCAAAACAAAAUAACCGAGCGAUUGACCUGCCAAAACAUAAAAUUUCAUUUUAUUCCUCCGCGGUCCCCACAUUUCGAAGGUUUGUGGGAGAGAGCGGUCAGAAGUGUUAAACAGCAUUUGCAAAGGGUAGUAGGUGACGCUAAUUUAAAUUACGAGGAAUUUUACACGGUUUUAACAGCGAUCGAAGCUUGUUUGAAUUCACGACCUAUCACACCCAUAUCCUGUGACCCUAACGAUCUCGACGCCUUAACGCCGGGCCAUUUUUUAAUUGGGGCACCCAUUACGGCCCAUGCUGAGGAAGACCUCACAACGAUCCCAAGCAACCGAUUAUCUCGAUGGAGAAGAGUUCAACAGCUACAGCAACAUUUUUGGAAGCGUUGGCAUAAGGGAUAUCUAUCGCAGCUACAAUGCCGACCAAAGGGUCAGCGGGGUCCAGCAACAGCCAUCGAAGUCGGCACAUUGGUGGUGCUAAUGGAGGAAAAUCUACCGCCCAUGCAAUGGAAACUGGGACGAAUUGCAGAGCUUCAUCCUGGUGAAGAUAAUGUGGUGCGCGUAGUGACCGUAAAAACCGCGAAUGGCCUGUUUAAGCGAUCUGUGAAAAAGGUGUGUGCGAUACCGCUGGAAACAUAA